AUGCCGGCGGUCCGACCGAGCGCCGCCCUGGCCCGCGCCGCCACCCGCGCCCUGAGGCCCGCGCCCGCCAUGGCAGCGAGGCCCUUCAGCGUCACCGCCCGCCGCGCCGGCGGCGGCAACGACUUUGACCCCCCGACCGGCUGGCUCUUCGGCGUCAAGCCCGGCGAGAAGUACGAGCGCGAGGGCUGGGAGGUCCCCUUCUACACUCUGUUCUGCGGCGGCGUCGUUGCCCUGGGCGUGGUGCUGGCUUUCAAGCCUGAUACCUCGCUCGACACGUGGGCCCUUGAGGAGGCCAGGAGGAGGUUAGAGAAGGAGGGCAUCCUGCCCGACCCUUUUCCCGAGAAGAAAUAA